AAAAUACGUUUAUCCAGCUAAUUAAAUUCUCUGGGGUUGCUGCUGGAGAAGCCUGUACUAUUGUAUUACGGGGGGCUACGAACCAAUUAUUAGACGAGGCAGAGAGAUCUUUACACGAUGCAUUAAGUGUACUGACACAGACUGUAAAAGAAACACGUACCGUUCUCGGUGGUGGUUGUUCUGAAAUGCUUAUGUCUAAAGCAGUUGAAGAAAUAGCUGUGACAACAGCUGGUAAGAAAGCUAUUGCCGUGGAAUCUUUCGCGAAGGCUUUGAGACAGAUUCCCACCAUUUUGGCUGAUAAUGCUGGUUAUGACAGUGCAGAUCUUGUCGCCAGAUUGCGUGCUGCGCAUUAUGAGGGAAAGUCUACAUUUGGAUUAGAUAUGACGAACAAUACUAUUGGAGAUAUGCGAGAAAUUGGAAUUACAGAAUCAUACAAACUUAAACGCCAAGUGUUACUUAGUGCAUCAGAAGCUGCAGAGAUGAUUUUACGUGUUGAUGAUAUUAUUCGAUGUGCACCAAGGAGACGAGAACAAUAA